AUGGUGACACAGGGUUUUUAUGUGGGUAGAUGGAGAAGACAUCAGUAUAGUGAAUAUUAUAAUUUUUUUGAUUGUUUGCGCUAUCCAUCGAAAGAUAGGAGGGUGAUGCCGGCAGCUAAUCUAGCAAUGAGUUCUCUUCCUCUAGCAGUAGGAGGUUUUGAUCCUAUCGAGCUGAAGAGAGUUGUGCGAGUAAAUCAAGAGCUCUCGGCCAUGUGCGUCAAGUAUUACUUGACAUUAGAGGGCACAAACAACAUAUUCUAUGAAGCUGAAGUUCUAGUUUGUUUCAAGGGAAUAGAUUGUUAUGAUCCUCACUGUAUGGUGCUCAACUUUGUGAGGCCUGCUCUCUUCUACCCAGAAAUCGACGAGGACUUGCUCAGAGAAUAUGACGCGCCUGAUGAGCUGGCAGAUGAGUCCGGAGAAUCUGAUAUAGAACCUGAUCCAUCUUAUUACGAAGCUCCUGGACCUGAUGAUGAUUUCGAUGAUGAGGAUGAGUAUGAUUUCGAUGAUGAGGAUGAGGAUGAUAAUGCUGAUGAUUAUGAUGGUAGGUAUGAGUUGACAGCUGUUACCGCUUGCCUCCAACUUGCCAAAUUUUCAACUUACCUCCGCACAUCCCACAUGAGAUUUUCGGAUCGCGUGAACUUUUUCAAGACAAUGGAUAUUGCUGAGAUCUUCAGCCCUGCAUUGCAAAAGACCCAAAGGGUAGGUCAUGUGAUUGGUUUGCCACGAGAAUUCUUUGCCAAACUGAAAGAAGCGAAAAAUUACUUUGCAGCUCAUCCCGUGGAGGUCGAGGUCGCCAAACGGCUUUCUAUACUUGACUUUUUUGGAAAUUUAGGCUUUUGGUUGAUAUUAGGAGCAUUAGUGAGAUCUAUAGUCUUGCAUUUGAAAGUCCACGGUAUUGUGGCUAUUGCUGAGAUAUACAGUCCUGCAUUGGAAAAGAUCCAAUGGGUUGAAGGUCGGCUACUUCCUUUGUCCCGUGAAUGGUAUACCAAACUGAUGAAGAAGAACGUUGACGUGGCAGCUUAUUCACGGGAGAUCAGCAUGCUACCUGCUGUACUUGGCUUGUUAGUUAAGUUAGUCUUUCCAUUGAUAUUAGGAGCAUUACUCUCAAGGAGUUUAGGAUCAAACACCAGAAGGUAUGAUGAUGAUGCUCAUUCUAGGGGUGAACGUGGUGAAGUUCAGAGAACUAGGCUGAAGCUUCUGAAGUACCAGUUAGACUGCUUUGGUUCAAGAAUUGAAACUAGUCUUGAUCCAGCUCUACUCCUUUGGCCUGGUCGAAUAGAGUGGAAAAUUGUACUCCCUGCACUACAAAAAUCAGGGCCUAUACCGAGAACAAAUUUGUCGGUACAUCCGCGUCGGUAA